AUGGAUCGAAAGUGGAUGCAUGCAAAGCGUUACAGUGAUGAAUAUGAGCUAGGAGUAGAGGAUUUUAUUUCAUUUGCAAUUCAACAUGCCGAGGAUGAUGAUAAUAUUUUGUGUUCAUGUGUUGAAUGCAAUAAUAUGGUUCGACUUGGAGUUAGUAAUCUAAGAGAUCAUCUUAUUACUAAUGGUAUUAAUCAAUUGUAUAAGUGUUGGUUAAACCACGGUGAGAUUUUAGGGGAUUCUUUUUCAAACAUGGAUAGUGGUAGGGUAUUUGAUACUUGGAUGGAAGGCGAGACACACGAAGAAUUUAUGUAUGAUGAUGAUGGGGUAGAAGAACUGAUAAAUGUUCUAGAGGAGAACAUUCAAUAUUGUCCAGAAAUGUUAGAGAACUUGUCUAGUGAUGCAAAGAAGCCAUUGUAUCCUGGAUCUUCUAAAUUCAGUAGAUUAUCUGGUGUGCUAGAACUUCUUAACGUUAAGGCGAGGAAUGGUGUGACUGAUAAAUGCUUUACAGAGUUUCUAAAAACAUUCCAUGCUAUUCUUUCGGAUGAAAACUUGCUUUCUUCUCGUACUUAUGAUGCUAAAAAGAUGUUAAGCUCCAUUGGCUUGAGUUAUGAGAGAAUUCACGCUUGUCCAAAUGAUUGCAUCUUGUAUCGAAAAGAACAUGCCUUAUUAGAGAGUUGCCCUGAGUGUAAUGCUCCGAGAUAUAAGAAAAAUAAGGUUCCUGCCAAAGUCAUGUGGUAUUUUCCAAUAAUACCAAGAUUUAGACGUCUUUUUAGUAUUCUAGAAGAGGCUAAGAAUUUGACGUGGCAUACGGAUGGAAGAGAGAAAGAUGGUAUGUUAAGACACCCUGCUGAUUCUCCACAAUGGGUCAAGAUUGACAAAGACUUCCCUGAUUUCGGAGUUGAACCAAGGAAUUUGCGGCUUGCCCUUGCAACUGAUGGCAUGAACCCUUAUGAUAAUCAACGUAGCACUCAUAGCACAUGGCCGGUAAUUUUAAUGAUAUACAAUCUUCCUCUAGCCUUAUGUAUGAAGCGGAAGUAUAUGAUGUUAUCUAUGUUGAUUUCGGGUCCAAAACAACCAGGCCAUGAUAUUGAUGUUUAUUUGGGACCAUUAAUUGAAGAUUUAAAGUUGUUGUGGGAGUCUGGCGUUGAGGUGUAUGAUGCUCACCCUAAAGAAAAUUUCAAUUUAAAGGCCAUGCUUUUUGGCACUAUUAAUGACUUUCCGGCAUAUGGUAACCUGUCGGGAUAUAGUGUCAAAGGUUAUAAAGCAUGCCCUAUAUGUGAUGAGAACACAUUCUCGUUUAGAAUACCUAACUUUAACAAGGUUGUAUACUUGGGAAAUCGAAAGGGGCUCCCUGUGAAGCAUCGCUAUCGAAAGUGGAGAAACGCUUUUAAUGGUAAAUCCGAAGAAGGUAAAUUUCCUAUUCCUUUAACAGGGGAACAAGUUUUUCAGAAAGUGCAAGGGUUAAAUGUGAAACACGGAAAAGUAAAUGCCAACCAACUCCCUAGUAAAGGCUAUAAGAAGGAGUCGGUUUUGUUUAGCCUUCCAUAUUGGAAGAACUUGUAUGUUAGACACUUUCUUGAUGUGAUUCAUAUUGAGAAGAACAUCUGUGAAAGUCUUAUUGGCACACUCCUUAAUGCACGGCAAGAGUAA